UCACACUUGCAUACUGCCAAAGCCUACUGCCGACAACUAUCGAGUUAUUAUAUCGACUGUGUCUGGAGAAGAUGGCGAACUAUUUGAUCUGAUGGAGUAUUACAGAUACUUGAUAGUGCUGGGCGAAUACAUGAUGCACAAUGAUUACUGCCACGGCUACGAGCUGGUUGGAGUCAGUACAAACGUGUCCAUGGCAAUAGUAAAGAAAUUGAAUCCAAUCAUCAUGCAUAAGGCUGUGACGUUGAUUACUGAUGCUUUAGGGCAGAGAAUGAAGAAGAUUCAUCUUAUAAGCGACUCCAAGUUCUUUGAGACCAUCCUGGUGAUCUUUAAGCAGGCCCUCACAGCAAAACUAGCUAAAAGACUGAUAGUUCAUAACAGUUUCGAGUCGUUACAUGAACAUAUAACUAGAGAACAUUUGCCAAAAGACCUUGGAGGCGACGAGAAGACCAUGAAAGAAUUGGCUGAAAUGGAUUUCAAGGCAAUAAGCUCAGAUGAGCAUAUAGCAUUUGUGAAGAGGAUGGAGACAGCUACGACAGAUGAGUCCCUCCGACCAUGUGCCAAGUUUAACGAGGACUAUUCUGGUACACCAGGCUCCUUCAAGACAUUGUGUGUGGAUUAAAAUUAAGUAUAAAUUAUUGUUGGUACUGGGAAUGAUAAAGCUGAUAUAUCUUUAUAUAUAUUAUUCUGCUGAA